GAUUCCAAGCCCAGAGCGCCGAGUUCCAAAAGAUCAGACGAGACCAUCCUGGCCCCCUCAUUUCCCGUGGAUGCGGAUUCAUUCCCAAAGCAGCAAUUGAACCUUUUGCCAGGCUCUGAAAACAGACAUUAGCCUUGUGAAGCGGCGCAGAAGACCAUGAUCGCGCGAUAAGCCCGCACUGCAGCUCCCUCCAACAUGUCUGCCGAUUUCUGGGCCGGCUACUUCAGUGGAAUAGCCGGGCUGCUCAUUGGCAACCCUCUAGAUGUGAUCAAAGUGCGUCUCCAAGCCGGCGGAGCCUCAUCGAAGAGUCCUACCACUCCCAGUGUUCCCGCCCCGGGAACCUACCGGUUCUCCAGCGCUCGAGCCCUGGUCCGUGGGACCGCCGCGCCGAUUCUCUCAUCUGGCGCUCUCAACUCUAUCCUUUUCGUAAGCUAUAACCGCAGUACGGACUUUCUGAAGACGGGAGGCGCGGAUGCUCAGGCUGGUCUUUGGACCACCUGGAUUGCGGGCGCUGUUGGGGGGCUCGCAACUUGGGUCGUGAGCACCCCGACUGAGAUCGUUAAAUGCCGGACCCAGGUCUCGCCCUCGGCUGCCUCUGCUUCCAACAGCUGGACGAUUGCGAAAGAGAUCUUGCGGACCGAGGGUAUCAGGGGUUUGUAUUUUGGAGGCGUGGUCACGGCUUUGAGGGAUAGUAUUGGGUAUGGGUUUUAUUUCUGGUCCUACGAGCUCAGCUCGCGCUUCCUGGCCUCGAGAAUGAAGGAUCGGGGCAUGGAUUCAGCUGGCCAGGAAGCGGCCAAGGUUUUGCUUUGUGGGGGCUUGGCUGGCAUUGCUACCUGGGUUAGUGUCUUCCCUUUAGAUGUCAUCAAGACUAGGGUCCAGACGCAGGUUCUUCAGCCUGGUAGCAGUUCUCCUUUACUUGGGACGGGCGUUUCGGUAGAUGGGACGGAGCAUAGGAGACUUGGUGCUAUAGAGAUCGCGAGGAAUGCCUAUAAGAAGGAAGGCUUGGGUGUGUUCUUCAGAGGGCUGACCAUUUGCAGCGUCAGGGCGUUCAUUGUGAACGCUGCGCAAUUCGCUGUUUAUGAGUGGAUUAUGCGAGAGUUGAGUCCAAAGAAAGGUUUAUCGACCCCCGCAGAUGUGAUUUUAUAGUAGUAAAAGGAGGAAAUACAUUACCAGCUAAAGAUUCCUACCAGUGCCGCUUGGUGAGCUCACGCCGCACGAAGCUGCCGUGAAGAAUAAAGUCGGAUCUUCAAACCCUCAAGAAUACAGUAUAUAUAUCAAUCCACAGUGGGAAACAGUUCGAACUCACUAUGUAAAUAAUUCCAAUCGAUCUUCGAAC